AACUCUGCGUUGAGAUUGGUUCCUAACAUUAACCACAACAACACGCGUUGCGGAAUAAACCGGUUUAAACAGCAAGGAACCACGUGUUUGCAUCAUCUACUAGUUACACUUUACCUUUUAAGAUUAUCGUGGUUUCAUGAAUGAAACAUAUCGUGAAUUGUGGGAUUCUUGGGUUUAAUAUCGUACACGAGCAUAGGAUCUAACAAUUAAACCUUAACAGGAAUCGUCGAAUUAUAAUUGUAUCCUUGGAUCUGAUAUUGACUUAGCUCAACACAACAGUGUUGUCAAGUUGUGUACAACUGUAACCGUGUAAGUUGUUUUCGUGAUAAGACAGUGGGUUGAUAUUUAUAAAAGAUGACAGCAGAAAGUUACAACAUGGUCCCUACUAACGCGGCAGACGGGCGUCCCAAAUCAUCCAGUAGUUCAAGUUCACUGGAAGCUGAUGGCAAAGUCGGGCUCAAGCCCAAGAUCUCAUUACUAAAUGGUGUCACCAUAAUCGUAGGUUCAAUUAUUGGGUCAGGUAUUUUUAUUAGCCCCAAAGGUGUCCUAGAAAAUGCGGGCAGUGUAGGAGCUUCAUUAAUUAUCUGGGUUGCUUGCGGGUUGUUUUCAAUGAUAGGAGCAUAUUGCUAUGCCGAGCUGGGUACCUCUAUCAUGAAAUCGGGUGCCGAUUACGCAUAUAUCUUUGAAGCGUAUGGACCAUUUCUUGCGUUUUUGAGACUGUGGGUUGAGUGCAUGAUUGUACGACCGUGUUCACAAGCCAUUGUGGCACUGACAUUUGCGUAUUACGUCGUAGAACCCUUGUUCCCAGACUGUGAACAGCCAGACAUAGCAGUACGGCUGUUGGCAGUAGUCUGCAUUUUGAUUCUUACAUUUGUCAACUGUUAUGAUGUUAAGUGGGCGACGCGAGUCCAGGACGUUUUCACGUACGCCAAGUUACUGGCGCUGGCUCUCAUCAUCAUCACUGGCGCUGUACAGCUCUUCAGAGGUGAAACAGAGAACUUCCAGGAUCCGUUUGAAUUCACAGAAACCAACAUAGCAAAGGCAUCCCUAGCAUUCUACUCUGGGCUCUUUGCCUACAAUGGAUGGAAUUACUUGAACUUCGUCAUAGAGGAGCUUCAAGAUCCUGUCAAGAACUGCCCAAAGGCCAUCUGGAUCAGUAUCAGCCUGGUGACGUUUGUGUACACGUUCACGAAUGUGGCGUACUUCACCACCAUCAGUCGUUCGGAGGUGCUCAGUGGAGCUGCAGUUGCUGUGAUGUUUGCCCAGCGCCUGUACAAGAUGGCGUGGGUGAUCAUGCCCAUCUUUGUCUCCCUCUCCACAUUUGGAGGUGUGAACGGCAUCCUCUUCACAUCGUCAAGACUGUUCUACGUGGGCGCCCGUGAAGGUCACAUGCCACACGUUCUCUGCAUGGUACAGAUCAAGCGUCUCACGCCCAUGCCUGCCUGCCUCUUCAUGGGUCUGCUGUCGCUGGUGUACCUGACCUCGUCCAACAUGUACGCCCUCAUCAACUACGUGAGCUUUGUCAACUGGCUCGCUAUUGGCCUCUCUGUCACAGUGCUGAUCUACUUCAGGUGGAAACGGCCCAAUAUGGAGAGACCCAUCAAGGUGGCGCUGAUAUGGCCGAUCCUCUAUUGUUUGAUGUCUGUUGUCCUUGUUGUGCUGCCCAUCUACUCCAGCCCCACUGAGACUGGGAUGGGUUGCUUGAUUAUUGCCACUGGGAUACCUGUGUACUUGGUGUUCAUCUACUGGGAGAACAAACCCAAGACUGUCACAGACUUUGUGGAGCGUGUCACAGUGGGGAUUCAGAAGCUGUUGCUGUGUGUGCCAGAAGAGGCAACAAAGAAGGAAUAGAGACAGAGCAACAGGGGAUAGCCGCCGUGUGAUGUCCUCUAGAGGUUAACCAUAGAAGUGUUGCUUGUGGUUGUGGGUUGGCAGCUUUCAGAAAUGGGGGUUCCAUUUGGUUGCAUCCUUCAUCUGUGCUUUCGUCUCGGAUGCUGUAGUCUAUUAAAAUUCAUCUCACGUGUGAAGUGUUGAUAGACAACAUAUAAGACAUUUGUUCAUUGCCAAUCAUGACCUCAAUGGAUCUUCAAUCUCAUCAUUCACAAUAAAGGGAUUAUUGUUGUUAAUUAUUUGAGCCGUCCUCUUUGAAAAGGGAGUUUAUUGCAUGAGCAAAGUGUCGUCCCAGAUUAGCCUCUGUAGUCAGCGCAGGCUAAUCAGGGACAUUUUCUGCCUAAACUUGAUGUUUGCUAAGAAGGGACUUUAAUGAAACAAAAAAUAUCAUUAAAGCAGAACCGUUCAAUGUGUUGUCCCUGAUUAGCCUGUGCGGACUGCACAAGCUAGUCUGGGAUGACACUUUAUGCACAUGCAGUAAACCCCUUUUUCACAGAGCAUGGCCCAUAUUAUUUAUGCAUUCUGUUGGGUACCUCCGAAAUAUGGUCAUUAAAUAUUUGCAUUUGAUAAUGUUAUGUAAAGUACCGGUUAUUAAAUUAUUCGGACACAAGUCUGUUAUAAAUAAUAUGCACAAUUAUAUCUUCAGAAGUGUUAAAAGUGUUAACGUCUUUUAUCAUUUUGUUAUAAACUCUCAUUUGUGUCAUAUUCAUGUGUACUUGAAUACAUCAUUUUUGAAAAUGUUGAUAGUAAUAAUUUGUUUGAUUGCACUUUAUUUGAUCUGGUUACUGCUUCCCUGUUAUUGUUAAGAGGUCGUUUUAUAAAUACUGUUCAAUACAUAGAUUGGUAACGGUUCUAUUAACUGCUCAAUGUAUUUUAUAAAAAAAUCUCAUUUUGUUUCACUUAACACGUAUACAUUAUGAUAUUGCAUUUAUUUUACAUUUGGGCAUUAAAUUCUAUUUAUGUAUGAAAUAAUCAGGAAUUGUUACAAAUAAUGAUCACUGAUCUCUCUAUGCAUGCUUAAGUAAAUUAUUUCAUUCUGAAAGCAAAUAGCGCCCAGUUCAAAGUUUAUUAUGCUAGAAAAUUAUGUUACAAAGAACACAGGUUCUCUCUAAGCAUGCCAUAUGUGAUAUUUCACUGUUCAUUGUGGUGCCCUUGUAUAUCAUUGCUUACCUAUGUGUAUUUAUCAAAGAUGUCUAUCAAAGUUAGUGUGGUCAUGUAGUUGAUAUGGCUUCAGCCAUUGUUUUUCCUUUUUUAUAUUGUCACCGUAUAAGAUACUUUUCCAAUUGAGGAAAAACUACAACAUUUCCAAUUGCAGUCUUAAAAAUUCCCGAAGGAAGUAAAAUUGUGUCAAUUUUGUUCCCAAAGUGCAUUAUCUGCAAGAUAAGAAAUAAAAUGAGCACCAACACUGAACAUUUCAACCCAAAGUGCAUGUUAACAAAUAUUUCAAUUGAUGUGUACAAUUUAUACCAAGCACUUUAAAAGAACCAUAAUUAACAGUCUGAAGAUUUCACGACCGAAUUUUUCCCAAUUUCAGGUGUUUUCGCGUGAAUUUUUCCCAAUUGUUAUGGUUCAGGUAGUUUCCAAAGUGUGCAAAAAAAAUGCUGGGCUUAUGCCUCUAGACCUGGCUUUGAUCUCCACUGUGCUGGCAUUCGAUCAUUCUAGCAAAACAAUGCAGGCAUUUCGACACUUGAGUGUUGCUAGUAGCAACACCUUUAGAUAUGAUCUAGCGUAAAUAAAUCAGUUUUCACUUAAAAUUGGUUCAAAACCAAACAAAUUGUGAUUGAGAACUGUCAUAAAGAAUAGUGUUUUUAUUAUGUAGCAGCUUCACAUUGUGUCUGCCAUAUUCAGUUGCAGACAUUUGUAUUUUUGUUUUGUGUUGUUGAACUUAAAAAUGGAACAAUCUGCUGGGAAAAUCAUAAAACAUGUGCUUUGUGAAAUUUCUGUGCUUCAUGACAUUCAUAACUUUACGUACAAAGUUCUUGUGGGACAUUUAAAGUGUACAGCGUGGGACGUUACUAGACAUACAGUUACUGAUUAUCAUAAAGGUUAUUUACUGACUUGGGUCAUUGUCUCACACCUAUUUGUUGUUGAAUUUGUAAAAUUAGAAGAAGAAAUCUUGUUACAGUCAUUAUGUUUGCUGAUUUUGUAAUGAUGUGCUCUUGAUAUUUAAGAGAUAGUCAUGACUUAGAGGGUUUAUAGCUAAUGUGUUUUGAUUUAUUUGCAUGUUCAUGAAAUUAUUUUUCUUAAAAUGAUUGUUUUUAAAUAUUAUAUUGUUGAAUUGACUUAUUUAAUUAACAUACUGGGUUUUACUUUUAAUGCAUUUAUGCAAGACUUUGUUUUUAUACAUUUUUCUCCACAUGUCCUUAGUUAUUUAUUUUUGACUCAAACAUACUGCCAAGUUAAUCUUUCGUUUACAUGUUAUUGUCAGUAGAUAGUAAUGAUUUAAUGAAAUUAAUUUAUUUACUUACAAAAUUCUUAUUUAUAAAUCUCAAAUAUUUUCAUAAAAAGGAUCAUUAACUCCAUCAAAGCAUCAGAUAUCAUAGGAUUUCAUCAGCUUUACUAUGUCCAUAGCUUCCUUUUAAACAUAAGGUGCAUAGAAUUCGAAAAUAAAUUGAUUUUGUAACAUACAUUUUUCACAACAACCUGAUGCAGUGUAGUGUUUCUGUUAUGUUUUGUCUGCUAUAUCUUCCACUUGUAGUAAAUUUUAAACCUUUAUUUGCCAUGAUAUAUAUUAUUUUUUUCUUGACAUGAUUUUUAAUGUAUAUCUUACAUAAUUUUUUUUACCUUACCUAAUCUUCCCAUGUUUGACGUCAUUGAUAUUCCUGUUCCUCAGUGUGUUGCUAAGACCGCUUCUUACAAAGAAGAAGCUGUGUUAUUUUUUCUUUAUGUUUGCUGUAGUUGUAAUCAUUUCAACCAGUAUCUGUUGGGGCUUCUAUCCACUGUACAUAAUUAACAUUGUUUUAUUUCUGCUUUUAUUGGCUUUUAUUCUGUUUUUGGUUUGUUUUCAUUAUUGUUGGAUGCCUGAAAUUCAUUUGUGUUUUGUGCUUUACCUUUGGAAACUGCUGUUGUUUUUCUUUGAGUUGAAAAUUCCAUGAUUAUCCAAAUUUCAUUAGAAAUGAUUUGUGAAAUGUUUGUUUAAAUUUAAAGAAAAAAAUGUAUGUCAAGAAUGCAUGGAACAAUAAAAAUGUGUGUGAACUUGGAUUGUAAGUAUUUACCUUUGCACAGAGGCAUUGAGACACAACAAGAUUUGCCAUGAAGAUAACUUAAGUAUGUCAUAAUUAAGUUGACCUUGCAAAGUCAUAUAUGUUGUAUAGAUAACACUCUUUGCUAUUGCUUACAUUUAAGCAUCUUAAAAAUGUUUAUGCGCUCUACAUAACAAAGUACAAGAAAAUAUAUAUUAAAAUGUUCAUUCAGUCAGAUUAUGAAAAUAUUAAAUAUUUUGUUGUAUUGCAUUUGAUAUGCUUUUAUUUAAUAAGUGCACAAAGAGGCCAUCAUAAUUGCAUACUAUGUGAAUCACAACAUUUACCACACAUAGAUGUAAACAUUUGUAGAUUUCCUCAAAAGCUUGCACGUUCAUUACAAAAAUUAUGAUUUUUUAUAUAAUGCUUUUAUUUAAAAAAAAAGAAUUUAUUUAAUUAUUACAAAAUACGUGUUUAUUCAUAUUUUAACCUUAUGUUUUUAAAUGAAGACAUCAUCGUUGCUCAUUUUCACUCUGUACUUGGUAGUUCAACUGACUUGUUUGAUUUGCACUGUUUUUAUGAUGUAAGGAAUUUAUUGAUGUUGGGGUUAUCAUUGUUUUAUAGUUAUCCCUGUAGCAGUACACAAAACUCAGUGUAGAGACCAUGUACAUGUUGUUAUAACACUGAUUACUGUGUGAGUUCAUUGUGUUAGAAGUACUUAGACUUCAGUUUAUCAUACAUUCAUACAAACAUUGGAGGAGAGUUCUCUACAAACAUUGAAACUAUCUUUAGAUGUUGUGUUGCGUACUGUGUUUCACAAAAACCAGGCAUUUGAGAGAUUUUAAAUCAUUGUAUAUGAUUCAUGAUUUCAUUUUGAAAAAAACAACAACAUUGAUUAGAUUUAGUUGAAAAAUUUCAUUCAAACUGUUAGGUAAUUAGAUAUUUAUUUAUUUUUAAAUUAGGUCAAUUUUCUGUUUUCAGGAAAGGUAUGUGUUUAGUUUGUUAUAAUCAUCAUUGUGUGUAACAGUGUAUUUGAAUCAUUCAUUUAUUUAUGGUGUUUCAUCAGUCUACGUGUACAUGUGUUAUAGAUCUUCAUAGGUUACAUACUAGUAAAAAAUAUCACAGACUUUCAAAUGUAUAGUUAUACCUAGAUCUUUUGAAAUCUUAAUAUUAUAUCUAUUUAUUUUAAGUCAGUGUAUCAUUCACAUUUGAUAAUGUCUCAUAAAAGGCCAAGAUAAUAAAAUAUUUUGGAAGUCAUACACAAUAUACUUUAAAGAAGUUCAAUAUUUUUUGUAUUUAAAAUUAAUGUUCCCGGUAAUACAAAAUGGCUUAAUAAACCAUAAUUAUUAAGAAAGAAUUAUAGCGAGUUCAUGGUCAUAGCUUGUGUUGUCUAGUAGUGAUGUGUGCUAUUGUGUUGUUGUUUUUGUUGUUGUAAGGAAUGGAAUCUGUAUGUGUUCAUUAACAACUGGUGGUGGUUUGAAUGUAAUGCAUUAAUAAAAUUGUAGUUAAUAUGCAA